AAAGGAGAGAAAGAAAACAAUUCAAUACCUAUAGUUAGAUCAUUUCAAGCUUCUUUUAGUCAAACAAAAUCAUACUCAUUUACUAGUAGUCAAAACCAUAUAAGGCAUGAAGGUUAAAGCAAGAAAUUUUGCACCAGGGUAGUUGUACCAGCUGUGCGUAAGGUCUUACGUAAGUCGGGAUGUAAAGUUCACACUAAGGGUUUAGUAACUACUAGUUAGUUUGUAACUAAGUCAGUGCAUAAUUUGGUUGCACCACCUGUUCUUAAAGGUGCACUCAGUAAUUCUAAUCCAAUACAAUUUUGUCAAAAUCUGCAAAUAUCUCCUCACAGUCUGCUAGCUGUCCAUUCUGUGGGUGGGCUGAAAAAAAUCUAGUAUUUGUAUACAGCCCUGGCUCUGAAAAUGGGACAAAAAACAAAGUGGAUCGGACCGAUCCACACAACACUACUCCAGCCAAUCAGCAACAGGUGGUGGUCCUUGCACAUGCACAGGAUGGGGGGUGGGGGCAAAGCGAAAGAGAACGACUAGAAAACAGACCAAGAGAAAAAGGUCAGAUGAAUAUAAGCUACAAAAGAAGGAUGGGAGGGCUAGGAGCCGCGUCAAAAUCGACAAGGCUUUUCAGCGGUGGAGAGACCUCCGAGAGGUAAAAGGCUUGAAGACGGAUGCAGAAGUUGUUCUUUUUCUUCUCGAUAGAUGAGUAACAUAAAAUAUUGCUAUGUUUCACAGAACCCAUAUAUGCUGCUGUUGCGAUGUUAGAUUUAGUAGCAGGAGAGUUGUGAGUGUCUGGAGCUGGUGUGCGUAAAACCGUCUUGAGUGCAUGAAUUUGGGGGGCGGAGCUUCCAAAGGAGCACUAAAAGGAGGGGUGUGUUUGCUUUGGCAGUGGAGUUGAAUAUCAACAGUGUUUCUCAGGAAUCGAUGAGUGCACCUUUAAGGCAAGACUUAACUAGUAGGUUGUAAGCUCUCCGUAAAGUGAUGCGUAGUCGCAUGCUAUGACGUUUACCUGUAUUGAUCCAAUAAGCAGCCUUCAAAUUUGUACACAGAACUGUUAAAAGGCUGUGAAUUUCAAUUUGAUGUUCAAACCUUGUUUGCUCAGGUAACUGUCAGCUGUAAUAAAUUAUAUUCCCAUUAAAAUACGAUAUGUAAUAAAAGUAGAUCUGAUAAAUAGUAUAUUUGCCCUGUGUAAAUAAUAUAUAGGAACUGUAUCUAAAAUAAUUAAGGGGUGAUAGGUAAAUAAAUACUAAUACAACUGGCUGGAAAAAUAGAUAUUUAUUCAUUUUAAUAUCCUAUAUAUUUUGUAUGUUGAAACUUGACACAGGCCGACACAUCCUGAAAACUGCACGAUCGGUUUCAUGCUGAAGAGCCGCUUAAAAGUGAAACAAGAGGCUUUUAAUUCAACAUGACUGCAAGCGCUCGGUGUCGAUGGAGUCUCUGAACGCCGUGGAGCUCCGUGAACUGGGGGAUGGGAGCAGGCGAGAACCUCAUCAGGCCUCUUCAGGACCGCGGACAGCGGCCGGCAUUGAAAACGCGUCGUUCGAAGAUGAGGAACGAGGAACGAGGAUCCGCGUUACUCCCAGAACACCUGGACCUGCAUCACUGCCUAUUCAAAGAGACGUGCCGUCACCGCGUUCCGAAGAGGAACCUGAGCUCGAGUAUCACGACCAUUCGGUGGAUUACGGGUUCAUAUGCGCGCUCAUGUUCCUCGUGAGCGGAAUUGUGUUAGUGGUAAUCGCCUAUACGAUUCCCAGAGAGGCUAAAGUCAACCCGGACCAAGUGACAGCACGCCAAAUGGAGAAACUGGAGAUGUACUAUGCGCAACUCGGUUCUCACCUCGACAAAUGCAUCAUAGCGGGACUUGGUUUGCUUACUCUGGGAGGAAUGUUGUUAUCUAUUUUGUUAAUGGUGUCUAUAUGUAAAGGGGAGCUGUAUCGACGGAGGACUUUCGCCAGAAGACCCAUGAAAUCGUACGGAUCUAUUAAUAUGAGAAUGAGGCAGUUGGCUGAGGGUGACGGGCGAGAAACGCUCGUGGAAUGUGAACAGAACGCCACCUCGGACGCCACGAACGGUAAUCGAGCUCCUCCUGGAACGCAAAACACGUAGCACAACCGAAUCACAAAUGUCAAAAAGACUUGCAUUGUCUGGGGAAAUUUUAAAGAUCAGAUUUGGAGAUGUGUGGAUUUAAGUCCAUGUCUGUUUAGCACUACGUUAAUAUUCCGGGUUCAAUAAAAGUUAAGCUCAAUUGACGGCAUUUGUGGUAUAUUGUUGAUUACUUAAAAAAUUAUUAUUACUAUUAUUAUUAUUAUUAUUUUUAUUAUUUAUUAUUAUUAUUAUUUUUACUCGACCCACCUUUGCUUUAUAAAAAAAAAAAAAAAAAAAAAAAAUAUUCUGGGUUACAGUGAGGCACCUACAUUGGAAGUGAAUGGGGACAAUCUUUAGAAAUAGCCUCAAAGUUUCAAAAGUAUACUAGCCACAAGACAUAAACAUGUUAAAGUCGCUUACUAAUCUGUUCUGUGUAAAGUUAUCCAAUUUUACAACUUCGUUGACAGCGUACAAUUUACGCCAUAAAACCUGUAAUCCCAGUAAACAAUGAUUUAAACAACCUUGCAGCUCAAAUAAUAAAUGAGUUUUAACAGAAGAAUUAAUCUGCUUUUAUAAAAUUAUAAGAUUCACACUUCUGCAUUUAAACCCUCCAAAAAUUAGCCCCAUUCACUUCCAUUGUAAAUACCUCACCUUAAACUCGAUUUUUGCUUUUUAUUUAUUUUAUUUUUAAGGAGGGACGAGUCGAUUUAAAAAAAAUAAUAGUAAUGAAUAUUAUGCCAUGAAUGCUGUUGAUUGAGAUGAACUUGUAUUAAAUUGUACUUGUAUUGUACUUUUAUUAUUCUUUAAGUCCAUACUUGCAUACUCUAAAAAGUAAUAAAUAAAUAAAAACUUUUGCUGAUGUACGCAUUUGAAAUCGACAUUCUUUAUCUUCCGGGAAAACUAACAAAACAUAUUGAUGACAUCAUCUUGCACUUGUGGGCGUUCCCAAAUUUUGUCCAAUAAAAUUCUUGCUAGAGUGAGAACCGGCAAUAAAACAAGGAGUCUUGCUUGGAGUCUUUACAUUAGACUAAAACAUUUCAGCUGCAUUAAUUGCAGAAAACUGCGAGAAGAAACACUCAAAAAAUAUUUCAGUCAAAUUUAGGUAGGCUAUGACAAAUUUCCAUCAAACUGAAUUGAGCC